GGCAGAGCGUUGGACACAACGUUGGCCGCUAUCGUCGCGACCAGAUUUAUUUCGUGGCAAAGUGCAAAAUCGCGUGUGAGUCGCGUGUAAAUCGCUUGUGAAACGCUUGUGAAUCGCGCAGUUCAAAAUGUCGAUGGAUCCUUCUGUUUCACUGGAAGAUCUGGAACGCCGGCGUCGUCGAGCCAGCUCCGUGCGUAAAGCAUCGCAGACGCCGCAGCCACCGCCGCAGCUGGGAACCGACUCGGAGGCAAUGGCCGUGAUUAACGAGAUAUUCAAUCCGCGGCUAAAGCUGCCAGAGAGCACUGGCCAUUAUACACUGCCCGAGGAGCUAAGAGCCGAUGAUCAUGUGGCGCCGCAGGACCUGGACAUUGCCAAGCUGGCGGAACUGAAGGAAGUAUUCACGCUCUUUGACACGGACUGUGACGGGCUCAUAUCGAAAGAUGAUCUGCGUUUCACCUACACGGCUCUCGGCAAUGAGCCCAACGAGCAACUGCUGGAGCAAAUGAUGUCCGAGGCGCACGAACCUUUGGACUACGAGGCCUUCGUACAGCUGAUGUGCCGUCGCACCAUAGAGCUGGACCCAGAGGAGGUCUUGAUUGAGGCCUGGAGCAAGUGGGACGAUCACGGCACGGGCAUGAUCGACGAGAGAAAAAUCUACGAGGAGCUCACCAACUAUGGCGACAAAAUGACCAUCAGCGAGGCUAAGGAAGCGCUCAGCCAUGCGCCCAUGGCCAAGCCGAAGACCCUAGAGGAACCGCCCAUGAUUGAUUAUCCUGCUUUCUGUCGCAUGCUCGGAGGAAUGCGUAAACGCAAGAACUAGCAACGAGGAGCAGGCAACAGUGGCUUCAAUUCAAAUAAACUCAACAAUUUUCCUAAAUUUCAUCAAGUUUCUAUAGCAAAGCUUUGCCUUAGAUUAUAUCCAAUAUUUCAUUGUAUUUUUUUCUUCUUUUAUUUUGUAGUUGCUGUAGACGCAUUUCUUAAUCCUUUUCCAUUUAGAUUAUAUUCAAAUAUUUUUUCGACCCUUUUAGAUGAAAUGCAAAGGCAGAAAAUGUAUGAGAGCAUAUAAAGUAUAUAUAUGAAUGCUUUAUUAAAGAGUCGAGUGUUUCUCUCAUUUUCUACUGCAUAUAGAAAUUGACUUUAGUGUCAUAUCGUGGAGUUAGCCUUUGAACCACAACAUAGAAAUCCUCUUUAAAUAUUUAAAACUGCGAACGAACGAGUUCUAACAAAGAGUCGACUAUCUUAAGA